AUGAAUUUAAGUUUAUCAUCCAAAUCUGAUUCCAUGUCAACCACUUUGAAAAAAGGUUUAUUACUUAAAUAUAUUCAUAGUGCUUGAUGAGUUUACUUUAUUAAAUGAAACAACACACGAACAUUAUGCUGUGAUUUUGAUCAAAGUGAUGAUAAAUUUGAUCACAAAUAGUAAAGGUAAAUUUAUGUCCUGAUCAAGAAAUGACAAUGUAGGGUUUAACACAUGAAAUUAAAACUGCAGGAGAAUAUUUGAUUAAUCAUGCAUAAGCUGGUCAUGGAAGAUCAGAAUUAGUUUUAAGAUCGACUCAGACUAUUUAUCAGCAUUACAUUAGUAAAGGUUUGUAACACUCAAAAGCAGAUAGUAUGGAGGCGUUGAAAUCAUCUCUUAUAGAAAUUUCACAAGAGUUAAUAGACAUUAUCAAUCGUUCUAAAGAUAACAUUAAGACAUAAUGCUUAAAAUUCUUUAAUAAUAGAUUCGUAUAUUAGAAAAUUUGUAUUUUAGAAAGUCUUGGUUGUUGGAUACUCUAAUGUUGUGAUCUAUUCUUUGAUAGAGGCAUUCAAGGCUGGGAUUGUUAUGCAAAUUUACAUUCCUGAAUGCAGACCAAAAUCAGAGGGAAUAGAAACAUAUAGAUAAUUGACAGAAAUUGGAUACCCUUGUAAAUUAAUAUUUGAUUCUGCAAUUGGAUAAGUUAUGGAGAAUAUAGAUAUGGUCUUGACAGGAGCUGAAGCAGUAGUAGAAAAUGGAGGUAUCAUAAAUAGAGUGGGUACCUAUACAACAGCUAUUUGUGCAAAAUUCUAGAAAAAACCAUUUUAUGUAUUAGCUGAAAGUUUUAAAUUCACACGAUUAUUCCCAUUAUCAUAAAAAGAUUUAAGCGAUUCAAUCAGAUAUAGCUAAGAAGAACCAUAAUUUUCAGAAAAAUUAAAACUGCCUGAAAAUUUGGAUGUAUUUUAUUUAUAUUGAAUUCAGCUCAUCAAUCCUUUGUGUGAUUAUACUCCCCCAGACUUGAUUACAUUACUAUUUACAGAUGUAGGAGUUUUCACUCCUUCUGCUGUAUCAGAAGAGUUAAUUUAAAUUUUUCACACUUGA